UGGCUGAUUCUGAUUGGUUACAAACGGCAUUUUGAAUAGCGGAAAAGAAGGCCAACGGUUUUAUCGAUUCUCAAAUUCAUUCAUCAUUCGGUGACUUUGUUUUGUUUAGUUCGUUUAGUGAUGGUGAAUUUUGUGCUUUUCGUUUGUCUGUUCAACUGACUUUAUUCGAUUCUGACAGCAUAAUUUUAUUUUUUUGUAAUCUCCCGUGCAUGUUAAAAUACCUCACAGUCAUUUAUUGGGAUUAAGUCGAUAUUAAUAAUUUGGUAACAAAGCCCUAAUGGAGUUCGGACGCAUCGUCGUUCUAAGGAACGGUAGCACCGGGGCUACUUAUGAAUUAGACCUGGGCGAACACUCAAUUGGAUCAUCGAUUGAUUGCGAACUACGUUUGAAACUACAAAAUGGGAAUUUACUGCCGAAACACGCUUUUGUUAAAGUUAGUCGCAAUGGAGUGGCAAUUAUUACAAACAAGAGUGCUCAUGCUCCAGUGAUUAUAAAUGGCAACCCUUGUUUGAAAUUCGAGGUGUUAAAACAUGGUGAUAUCUUUGAAAUAAUUGGAAAACAGUUUCAAUACUUCAACGAAAUACUGAAGGACGAGCCGGAAGAUAGUGAGCUAUUUAUAAGAGAAAAGAAAAAAUUAUUGAAGCUCAGUAGGAAAAGUGUGAUGCCAUUGGUUAAAACAUACACCACCUACAAAACACGGUCUAAACGUACAAGGAGCUUUAUGCCAGCUAGAAGGUCAUCAGUGAAAUCACGAAGAAACAACUUGUCAGCCAUAUGUUUGAACGUUGAUGAUACUGCUGCAAAAGACCAAACUACCCCUAUCGACAAUGACCAAAUGAGUUUACCAAUCCAAGAUAACACUGUUCAUUCUAGUGCCAGUUUGGACGCUAGUCCAAACUUCUCAAGAGCUGAAAGUGACAGCUGGUCAGAAUGUAAUAUUUCAACAAGCAUUACUGAGUCAGACCAUGCAAGCGAAGAAAUUGUUGACAAUGAAGCAAGACUGUCUAAAAAUGCCUCUAUAUUACAUGAUAGCCAGAAUAAUUCAGGAAACGGAUUUCCAAUUCCUAACGAUGUCCAGUUAGAUAUGCCGGAAUUUGACCCUUCUUCUUAUGUCACUGUAAGACCUCCAAAGCGGCGUGGUAGAGAUGUUUCGGACUUUCCCAGCAUGACGCCUCCGCACAAGAAAAGCAUUCCAACACGUCGCAAAUCCAUGAUAAUUAUAGAUGAAGAUGAUACAUGUCCGAUUAGUAUUAGUACUAGUUGUGCGGACAAUUUAUCUGAAACUGAUUCGAAACUAAGCAUCAAUACCAAUAAUUUAACUUGUGAAAGCAGCACUUCAUAUGAAUUGUCAGAUUUAGUACUUUCUCAGUCUUUGUCCUUAAAAGAAGUACAAACAUCAUUAGAUGAAAAUGCUUCGAAGGAUUCAACUGAUGCACAAAAAACGAAGUCUACCACAAGCGUUAACAUUUUUGAUGAGACUACACAAGAGGCAAACCAGAAUUUUGAAAGUACGACACCACCAUGUUUCAGCUGCCCAACAAGUGAUCAGAAUGCUCCGGAAAGUCGAACCUCAUUUGAUGAAACCACCCAGCGUGCCAUCCAAAACGGCAAUUCUCUCGAAGAAACAAAAGAAGUAUCAGCUUUAAAUAGCACAACAAAAAUCUCAGAAAUGAACGACUUGACUAUAGAAGUUUUAUCUCCUGUUAAACCUUUGAAACCAAAUGGAAACGACCAAGCCUAUGUUAGAAGAUCGCUGAGAAACAGCGCAUUUACAAAGACAGCUUUGGCUACAAGUUUAAAGGAAUCCACGGCGGUACCCUUAAAGUGGGAAAAUGAUUGUGACGAUCCACAAUCAAACUCCCCGUUCAAAAACACAAAUUCUGCAUUAGAAGACACAGAAAUCGAUGUAGUGAAUUUUACAGCAGUGUCUGAACCCAGGAGUUGCUUGAAAGUUAGUUCAGUUCAGAACGAAAGCCCCCUGAGGAAAAGUUCUGACAGAGAGCCGAUUUUUACAUCGACACCUUUCGUGAAAGCCAGAGUUACUGAACACUCUGCGACGGAACUCUCCAAGCCGGUUAAAAGAAGAAGUUCUCUGCGGCUUUCAGUGUGCAAAGGAGACCGUCCAAGUCAGCCAAAGAGGGUCAGAAGUCUUAGUCUUCCGCAGUUGCCAAAAGUGGAGAACAAAAAGCUCUUGAGUCGUUCGGUUUUCCAACCUACCGACCCGAAAGAUCUAUCAUUGAAGCAUCAAAUUAUUUCCAAAAGGAAACCCGAAUAUUCGUGUGAAACCACUUUAGAAAUGUUGGAUGUCGUUAAGGAUGAAACUCCAAAGUCCCAUAUCAAACCAGUGCGUCGUUUGUCUAAAGUCAAUGCUUCGGUGUAUAAUCCGGUUGUGGAGGACAUAACACCAGUUACUCCCGGUGUACUUCAGGAAACAGACUACAUGGGCGAUUUGUUUAAAACACCAACAAACACAGCGGGAUUGUUUGAAAGCAUUCGCGAGUGUGCUAUCCGGUCACGGAAAAGAGGCAGGGAGAGUCAUGCGGUUCUGUUUCCAGAGAAAAAUAACUCUACAAGGGCAAUCAACCAGGAACAGCCCAGCCCUCAGCCAACAUCGCCGAAACCUGCCUUGAGGAAACGUCAAAAUAAAUCCCCGCUGAACCGUCUCAGUAGUUUUGAAGGCGUUAAAAGGUUGAUGAAGACUCCAGCCAAGUCUCCCAAUAAUGAUCUCACCAACGUUCCAAACUUACGGAAACUGAUGUCGCCCCGAGCGCGACGCAGUCACAAAAACGAUUUAACAAAUGUUCCAAAUUUGCGAAAACUGAUGUCGCCCCGAGUGAGGCAUGGUCCGAAAAACGACCUUACUAGCGUCACUGGAAUUGGAUCCUUGUUUGAUACAUCGGGAGUAGACCUUCUGCACAAUAACAGUGACGAUGGUUACUCGAAAGAUCUUUUUACUAGAUUAUCUGGGAAAUUUCCUAUUAAGUCCUAUACAUCCAAAGGAAAGAGUUUGUCUCCUGCUAAAAGGGUAAGAAACGAGCAGACUGGAAACUCCAGAAAGUCUAUGGGAGCUACGCCAAGUUGUUCUCCUAGAGUCUAUCAGUGGGUGGAAGAACAAUUGAAAACCAAUACUGAACAAUCGUCGUUUGGUGGGGAUGGUGAUUCUGCCAAAUCACCUCCAAACCUAGAGCAGACUAUCCCGGUCACUCGUAGUGCUUCUUCAAAGAAUCGUGCUCAAGAUAAAAGUCGACAGAAGACAAACGGCGAUAAAGCAAAAAGUAACUUAAACUUAGACUUGCAGCCGGAAUCAGUUUUACCCGGAGACUCUGGCGAUAUUGACAGCACAGCAAACCCAACAUCUUUGGACGUGUUAGUUCACGACGAAAUUAAAUCUACAGAAAACGAAUUUGAGAAAAAUAACAGCACAAGGAACUCUAAAAGGAAAAGUCGAACCCCACUGAAGGCAUUAGUUAAUGAAAAUGUCAUACAAACUCCAGAAAAUACGGUAUCAAAAGUCCGAACAAGAACAUCUACUAGGAAAAUUUCAGCUAGUGACAAUGCCAUUGGCCAAAUGGUAAUUGUUCCUCAAAAUGAUGGAGUGAAGGAAACGCCCUCAGAAAUCCGACGAUCAAAAAUCGCCACUGUCACAACUGCCGAAGCAAUUAACAUUUCAGAGUCGUCAGGUGACAAGCUUGAAGUUCAAGUAAAUGUUGCUCAAGAGCUUUCUUUAGGCGAGAAAAAUAGCCCAGCAGUGCGGCGCAGUACGCGGAGAAGAAAGAUUCUAAGCGAUAAAGAUUUGGAUAUGGUAAUGGAAACUGCCAGUUCAGUUCCGCUUGUAGAAGAUCCUAACGCUGUAAAGACGACUAAACUAAAAGUUUCAAGUCUCACCAAGUGUGUAAAAACUACAAAGAAGCUGACUAGAUCGCAAUUUCCUCUACCCGAUGUUGAAGCUAAAUUCUAUGAGAAGUCUAAGCCAAUUCGUGAAUCCACUCCAGAUGCAUCCAAGGCUAAAACUGAAAAAUUGAAAACUCGUUUGAACAGUCGUACAGAAAAUAAAUAUGCAGUACUACAGACACCUACAGACGCUAAUGACUCGGAUACAGAUAAAAUCAAGAAAACUACAUUAAAAAAUACUGAUACUCCAUCUGGAAAGUCUACUAGAACUAGAGUAGGUGCACGGAAAUUGAGACAAGAACCUGAAGAUCUGAAGAAUACAACUUCAUUCUCAAGUGACUCUAAUUCACAAAGCAUUGUCAGCAAUGAAAAAGAUACUGGGACUAACCAAGAAGGAACAAAUGAUACGCACGAAAACUUGGAAAAGCCAGUAACGGCUACUGGAAGAAAAACUGAACGCUCAGUCAAGGCGAAGAAAACUGCUAGGGGCAAAAAUAAAGUAAUCGAUGCAGAAGUACAACCGACAACACCUAAUAUUCAAUUAGAAAUUCUUGAGAAAUCGGAAGUAGUUAGCGAAAAAGUACCAACUAAGCCUGAAGGAAGUUCUUCUCCUGAAAUUGUGAAAACUCGAAGUCGAAGAGGGAAUAAACUUCCGUCAGUUCCCACAAUUAUUGAAAAGAACAACUUGGAUGCAAGCGGAGCCGAGAAAGACACGCCCCAAAAAGUAGAAACUUUAAUUGAAAGACCGAGAAGAACUAGAGCAAGAAAACUGAUAAAUAAUACAGAAAACGAAAAGAAAGCUGUAUCAGUGCCGUCAUCUGAUGCAACCCCCAACCCCAAACCAACUGCUACGAAACCGGAAGAAAGUACUCACACGGAUGUGAAAGCAACGAAAGAAAAGGAAAGUAGUUCGAGACCUAAAGGAAGGAAAAGGGUAAUCGAGCGCAGUGCAAGUCCUUUGGAAAAUGAUGCUAAGCGAGUGACGAGAAGAUGUGGAAAAGUUGACUCUUCUGUAGAGCCUGAAGGUGCAGCUGAUACUACUCCUGACAAAUCUGUACCGGAACAAGCUAAUGAAAAGGCAAACACGCGUAAGCAACCAUUAGCAAGCCGGAGAAGAAAUAAAAAAGUUCAUUUUGAUGAGCCUAAAGUCCAAACAACUGAGGUACCGAACCAAGAUGCUGAAGCCAAGAAAACCAGUUUUGUUGAAACUGGCUCAGAUGACUGCCCUGCUGAACCUGAGCCAGUCAAGAAGAAACGAGGACAAUCGAAGUUGAAAAACCUACUUGAAAAGACCAAAGAAAAGCAAGCAGCACACCCUUCAACCAUACUUGAUGACAAUUCUGCAAAACGUAGGGUGUCCGGCUUGGCGUAUAGAACCAGAUCUCGAUCCAAGAAAGUGUGAAUGUAAACUUUUAAAGCUUAGUUUUAUACAGGGUGUCGCAAUAAGGAUGGUAAGCGGCUGUAUCUUGGAAAGUAUGUGUUGUAGUG